GCAACAGUUUUGUGAGCUCACCAAACACAAAGGUCCUGCUGUCAUUCAACCCUUCAUGUUUCAGUGGAUGUGAUAGUUACAGGGGACAAACAUGAGUUUAAGCAACGUACCCUCUAAAGUGGAGGUGAUGGGAUGGAACCCCCAAAAUCUAGCUGACUACAUGAGGAGGCUUAAGUUAUCAGGCUGCGACAAAGCAGUGAUGAAGGCCGGCAUCACUGGAGCACAGUUCACGCAAAUGACUGAAUGUGACCUUCAAGUGUUCCCCAGCCUUUAUAUCUCAUUAAUCACCAAGAUCCAAAGUGAUAUCAACAAGGGGGAGCAGAAGAGGGGCUUUGGUCUGAAAUCAAAGACACAAAAGUAUCUAAAACAAGGUAAAGAAGACUCUGGGUUAAAUAUGACACUGACAUCACUAAGCCAUGUCUCCUUAGCCCCGAUCCUUUUGUUUUUUACAGCUCCCCUUCCUCCAGUUUUUGUACAAGAAGAAGAAGAUUGGAACUCAGAUGAGUUUGACAAUGACAGUGACUAUGAUGCUCCACCUCAGGAGUGGGGCGACAACAGCUACACAUGUCAACCAAAUCAGACACAAACAGCUGAACAACAAGACAGUGAUGAGGCGAGCGACGAAGACUACGAACAGCCUGCCUCUGAAGACACAAUGAUGCCACCUCAGCCCCCCAGAGAAGCCAAACUUCAUGACAGGCACUACAGAGACCCUGCUCCUGAGCCGCCAGCUGCUGAAAGGGCUUCAAAACCUCCUCCCAAUCCACCAAGAAUAAACCCUGCCCUUCCAAGACCUUUCAAAGCAGCAGCCAGCCAACCCAGUCUGAAUACUGACAGGAGCAAGAAGCCAGGACAACCUGACUCAUCCCAGAAAGACUUUAAAAAAUCAAAGGGCAGUGCUGUCAAAGCUCCUGGCUUAUCCAACAAAAAGAGUCUUCUACCAAGACCCCCCAAACCUACAGAUGUCUUCAACAGAGGGAGCAAACUCUGUCCACCUCCUCCAGCACCAGAAGAAUGUGCCAUGGUUAAAACUUCAGUACUAGGACCAAGAGGGGGUUUGGAUCCUGGCUGGUAUGGAGGAAAUGUGACCAGACAUCAAGCUGAAGUUUCUCUUAGAGAGAUGAACAAGGAUGGGGCAUUUUUGGUGAGGGACAGUUCAAGAGGCUUGGAUGAGCACCCCUACACCCUGAUGCUGAUAAAACAAGGCAAGGUGUACAACAUCCAGAUCCGUAAGCAAGGAAACUCCUACUCCCUCGGCACUGGCCACAAUGGCACCCAGAGUUUCCCCGGGGUGAAGGAGAUGAUUACCCAUCACACACACACCCCUCUGCUGCUCAUUGAUGCCACAGACCAGAGCUCUGAAGCGCAGAGCCAGUGUCGCCUGCUGCACCCUGCGGGACUCUGACCAACACCGACAACAAGCUUAAUGUGGGCGUCUGCCUCUGUCUUUCUCUAUGCUAAUUUGUGAGGCUUGCUCAGAAGCCUUUUCGGAACAGCCGCAUAAAUGUCACAGUUUCUACAUUCACAAAGGCCACUGUUAUGUAAUCCCUCUUUUAGUAACUUGCAUUUUUAGAAAAAGGACUGAUUUAUACAUGGCUGGAGGUUUGUGUAUUUUAUUAAACUACUCUUUUCAGACACA